AUGGACGAAAGUUGUCAGGAAAAACAAAGCGGACAACACGAUGACCUCGAGCGCGAAGCCGCGCACAGGGGACUUAAAAAGACCGGCUCCAGGACACUCGGCUGGGAUCCAGACCACCACGACUUUCCAAGAAAUUGGCCUCUUCGCCGCAAACUCUACGAUGCCUGCGUCAUCUUCUUCCUCGAGCUCUACACGACCGUCAUGAGCACCACGGGGCCGGCCGCUGCAGAAGAGGCCAUGUCCGAGUACGCAAUGGGCAGGGCCACGAUGCUCACCGGGUUUCAGUUCAUGUAUGGCAUCGGACAAGCAUUGGGAGGGCUCAUUCUGCCCCCAUUCUCUGAGGCGCUUGGUCGCCAAAAGUCCUAUCUCGUGUCCGCCGGUGCCUACUGUAUCUCUUCGCUGCUGGUCGGCCUCGUUCCGUCGCCAGCCGGAGUCUUUAUCGGCCGCUUCUUCGCCGGGUUUGCCUCGUCCGUGCCGGCCAUCGUCCUGGCUGGAAGCAUCGAGGAUAUGUAUACGCAACUGCCCAGGCUCUGGCUUCUCUGGUUCUGGAAUUGCUCCACCAUGCUCGGCAUCGCCGUGGGCCCAAUCUACGGGUCCUACAUAGUAGACACGAUAGGCUGGCGCUGGGUCUACCAUGUUUCCGCCAUCACCUGUGCGGCGAUAUUCGUUCUCUUGAUACCCAUUCGCGAGAGCCGGCCGACCACCCUGCUGGAACGCCGUUUUGACAAUCUACAGUCAACAGUGGGAGCGGUAGACAUGGAUAUACCAAACCCUGACCGAAUCAACGACGCCCGCGAGCUGAUGAAGGUGAUUCUGCUGCGGCCAGCCAAGCUGGGUGCCUCAGAACCUAUAAUCAUUAUGGUCUCGAUUCUCAGUGCCUCAGCCUGGGGCAUGAUGUACCUCUUCACCGAGUCCUUCACCGUUGUGUACAGCGAAUUUGGCUGGAGCACACGGGCGACCUCGCUGCCUUUCAUUGCCCUGCUUCCGGGGAUCAUCAUGAGCGGAUUUGUUCGCUUUUGGGACUAUCACAAGUUGGAGUCCCGGCAGCAAGCCAGUCAACGACCCGAGCCGGAAGAUAAAAUCGGCGGAUUUGCCAUUGCUGCGCCUACACUCGCUAUCGGACUCUGGAUCUUCGGCUGGACAGUCCCACCGAUCAUCCAUGUCCAUUGGAUCGCAUCCAUGUUCGGUCUCGCGCUGGUCGGCUUUGCGGCGACCGAGUUCUCCUACACGCUGAGUGGAUACCUGUCCGACGCGUAUACGAUCUACGCCUCGUCUGCGUUGGCGGUCCAGGGCGUCUUACGCGCACUGGCAUCCGGGUGUCUUCCUCUCUUCGCUUAUCCGAUGUAUUCGGGGCUCGGAUCAAACGUCGCGACGAGUAUUAUCGCAGCGGUGGCAACAGUGUACUGCGUAACCCCGUAUAUAUUCCUGAAACAUGGGAAGCGCCUAAGGGAGAAGAGUCCUUUUGCCCGGUUCAGUGCAAAGGUGAACGACGAACACGGUGCUGAUUAA